AUGCCAGAUUACCUGGCCUACGACGUAGCAGACCUUGACGUGCCCAGCUCAGUCCACUCGAGCCAUGAUCUUUCUCUUCCGAGUAUCCCCACAUAUACUGAUGCCGCCGAUGGAACAUUGGUGAUUAUGAUUGUGCGAGCCAAACAUCUCCCCAAUCGAAGGAAACUCGAUAAGCAAUCACCAUACGUCAUUGUCAGAUUAGGUGUCGAGGCAAAGAAGACCAAGGCUGAUUUUAGAGCUGGCCAAACACCCGAGUGGACGCACGAGGUGAGAUUUCAAUUAACACGAGAGCGAAAACCGAUCUUGAAAGUCGAUAUCCUAGAUGAAACUAAUGGAGAUCCUACGCCAAUCGGCAAUUGUGAAAUAGAUGCACUGAUAGUUUUUCGACACCCAGAUAGUACAACAAAAGGCAAGCACAUUUAUGAUAAUUGGUACGACUUGACAUGUGCUGGAAAGAGGGCAGGAAUGGUGUAUCUUGAGAUGACGUUUUACGCAAGUGCUCCGGUUUUACCACCAAAGAUUCCAUCUCAGGAACAUGUUUAUAAUCAUAAGCAGCAUAGCUAUCGUGGUGGCCACGAGCUUGGUAACGAGUAUGGCAAUGGAAAAGGUAGCGGAAAUGGUCGUUAUGGCGAUGAAAACAUGAAUGGAAGCUUUGAGAUCGAUUCCGAUGUUCACUUUGCGCAUCCAGAAACACAUGCACCAAUCACAAACGAUGUCUUUGUUUCACUGGAAAAUUCACAAACAAGCAAACGUUCCUCGCUUUUUCUGAAGACCAAUCAAUUGUUUAAACUACCAACAGCUGGAGAUGGAAGCGUCUCUAGCCACGAUAGGGAUGACGAAGUAGUGAUUAAUGUAACUGGUCCUGGAGAUGGAAGAAAAAGCCCGACAAAGUUUGGUGCCAAAUUUUCAAAGCUCAAGAAUAAACUCAACGUUAAACAAUGGGGAAGCGAGCCACAGCACUUGAGUGCUUUUAUGAAUAAUGGGAUCAAACGGGAUCUCUCUCCAAUUAGCGCAUAUGGGUCUAGCGAUAUAGACAAACUAGAGGAGGAGAUGUCAAGCGGACGUCAUGAAUAUGGCAACCGUACUCCAUAUGCUGAUUGCAAUUUUCAACAAGUCAAUCUUGCUUCUCAUGGUGAUGAUGAUGCUAAUGCUGUUGCUGCUUAUGCUGAUGCUGCUGAUAAUAACAUGAAAUAUCGAUCACCAAGCCCGUUAAGUCCACCACCCCCGCCACAGCAUAGUAUCUCGCCGGCAAAGUCAAUGCACAGUAUUUCAUCAACAAAACCACUUCCAAAACCACCUGUAUCAAGAAAGCCACCACCAUCAUCAGCUUCACUACCACUGAUGCCCAACUUUGAUCAUAAAGAUAGUACAGCAAUUCCUUUCUCAGCUGACUCUGUUGGGCUAGAUGAUGAAUCUGAUCUGCUACCCACCAAAGUAUUUAUGCUUAACGAGCAAGUAAAAUCCCUUAGCACUAGCGCUAAUCAAUUUUCGUCUCCCGAGCGUAUUAGCAAGGAUGAGAUUGAUCCCAAAUAUUAUGCACCAACCCCUAGCGAGCAUUUUAGUCAGAGUGGUAACCGAUUUGCCAAUGGGAUCGACAAACGCGAUUUGGAAAUUGAUAAGCGGACGAAAAAGACUGGAUAUAUUGGCAAUGGAAUGUUUAGUCCUAGCGUAUUUCAAAAAGCUAGCGGAGUGAAUGGAGUAACCAGAAUAGGUGGCAGCAAUGGCAAUGGUAAUGGCAAUAUUUAUAACCAAAACAAUGUUAACAGUAAUCUUUACAAAUACCGACCCAAAAACAUUUACGAUGAAAGCGACGACGACGAUGAUGAUUAUAUACAAAAGCCAGCUGUACCACCAAAGAUACCGAAGGGAUUAACUGAGAAAGAGUAUUUUGCUCUAGAAAAGGAGAAAUAUCUUCGAGAUCUUCAAGGCAGGCGCGCAUAG